GGGUCCCUAGGAACAAGAUGAAGAGGGAGGACCAGUGGAGGUGGAGGGCACAGAACAGCUUGAACGCUGAAAUUAAAGCCAUGAACUGCUGACAGAUGCUCUUAUUCUUUGUAUUGUUCAGCCUGGAAUCACAGCUAUUGUUAGCAAACACAACAAAGAGGUGUGAGAAACUCUGUAUUUAACUGUAUUCUGAAACUCAGGGUUGCAGUAUAAUAUUGUACUCAUUUAUGAUGGCCUGAUGGACCGCUGCAUUUUGACUUUCCUGCUCACCUUUUGUCUUUGUGUGUUGGCCUGGGAACUGAGGUGGAAGAACCUUGGAGAGAAACAGAUUAAAGAAUGGAUCAAUGCUAAUAAUCUUCUCCAAUAUAAGGUCUUGUUUGAUGGUGUGCAGAAUUUAGAUGCACUAGCAGUGCCGAGUACUUUGUUCCGUCUGAAGGUAGCAUUCUUGGAUGACUGUGCGGUUCAGAAGAUAGAAGCAGCCCAAUGCCAACUGGUGAAGGAAUUAGCACUGCAGGAGUGGCUCUUCACUCAGGGUCAAGAGCACCGUUUCCAUGUGAUAAAAUCAUUGAGCUGCAGCACCCUUACUGAUCUGAUCCAGUUUGACAGUGAAUCGCAGGUAGCUCUCACAGCCAGGGGUUACAUCUACGGUGACUACCACAGGAAGAUCCUUGAGAUUACAAAGAGCCCCCUAGAGUGGGAACACAAACUAAAGCUUGUACACAACUUAGUCCAGAGACGCAGAGUUGAAAAGUGGUCUGUAGUGGGAGCAGUGGUUUUUGCCUCUAGUACCACUCUUCGCACUCUAAAGAGAGACCUGAUGUUUAUCGUUGUUGGUGGCAUCGCAGUUUCCAUAAUAGCAUUCCUCUUUACUGCCAAGUUUCUCUAUGAGCUAUUCGCACGGGUUAUCAGCUUUCUUCAAAAUGACAACAGAGGUAGGCGAGGAAACCGCACCAUUUAUGACUACGUGCGUGGGAACUAUCUGGAUCCCAGGUCAUGCUUAGUAACUUGGGAUUGGAAGGAUUCUCCGGAAGUUGGGCAUAUCAUGACCUUUAGGAUACAUUUGUUCUACAAGAAUGGGCGACCAUUUCCUGCACACCGUCCUGUGGGAUUACGGAUUCACAUUUCACACAUGGAGCUUGGGUUGGAUGUUCCAGUCACACAGGAAGUACUCCAUGCACAGAAGAGCAAUGUGGUGAAGGUGGGCUUCACAGUGAGAAAGGCAGGAAGGUACGAACUCUCUAUCAAAGUCGGAGGAUCGAAUGUGGCUUACAGCCCAUACUAUAAAACUUUUCAACCUGGAUCUGUCUUUCCAGCAAAAACAAAAAUUCUCUACCAUUUCUCCACUUUGGUACUGACCAGUGGACAGCAGCACACAUUGCAGAUCGCCCCACGUGAUGAAUAUGAUAAUCCAACAAGUAAUGCAUUGUCUGUCAUUGGGCAGGAUGAUUACAAAGUCCAAAUCAAAGAGCUUGGUGGCCCUGAAAAUGAAAUGUCAGAUGUUUUGUUUCAUAAAACCAUUUCCUUGAAUAAGUCAAAGUGCCUAGUGCUUCUGAACUUGACAUUGUGGAGAAAAGGUUGUUUUCGAGCAUCUGUUACCUACUGGGACCAAUUGAUUGGUAAUGGGGUGUUUGACAUCAUUGUUCUCAGUGACAAUGAAAAGAACACAGUAGAAAAGAACGUCUCAACCCCAGGAACCAGUGUUUGUUUUGAAGCAUACUUGUAUAACACUGCAAAUUAUGCUAAUUCUCAGUGGCAAUUACCAUCAAUACCACCUUCGAGCAUGGGUCGGCACCCAUCAACCAAUACAGAUGAAGAAGAUGAUGAGAAAGAUUUGGAUCAGGAAAGUCAGACGGCUGAAAAAGUGAAAAAACCCAAGAAGGUCUAUUGUUACAUAUCACCAAAGCAAUUCUCAGUGAAGGAGUUUUAUCUGAAAAUCAUACCCUGGAGACUUUUUACUUGCAGAGUAUGUCCAGGAACAAAGUUUUACUACCAUAGUCUAGAUCCAGUGCACAAGUUCCUCACAUUAGUGGUGGAUGAUGGAAUACAGCCUCCUGUAGAACUCAGUUGUAAAGAAAGAAACAUCAUGGCAGCAACAUUUAUUCGUUUCUUACAUAAGAACAUUGGUGGUUCUGAAACGUUCCAAGACAAAGUGAAUUUCUUUCAGCGAGAACUUCGUCAAAUGCACAUGAAACGUUCACAUACAAAGAUUGUGCUGAAAAUCAGCCGUCACAGUUUCCUUGAGUCGUCCCUGAAAGCAACAAGAAACUUCUCUGUUUCUGAUUGGAGCAAGAAUUUUGAAGUGAUUUUUCAGGAUGAAGAAGCAUUGGACUGGGGUGGCCCACGCAGGGAGUGGUUUGAAUUGAUGUGUAAAGCACUCUUUGAUCAAAGCAAUGGUCUGUUCAUGCACUUCAGCGACAAUAACCAGGGGCUGGUACACCCAAACCCAGACCGAUCACCUCAUCUUCGACUGAAGUUGUAUGAAUUUGCAGGGAAAGUAGUUGGGAAGUGCUUAUAUGAAUCUGCUCAGGGUGGAGCAUACAAACAGCUAGUUUGUGCACGCUUUACUCGUUCAUUCUUGGCACAAAUUAUUGGACUCAGGAUGCACUAUAAGUAUUUUGCAACAGAUGAUCCAGAAUUCUACAAGAGUAAAGUAUGUUACAUCUUGAAAAAUGAUAUGAGUGAAAUGGACCUCGUUUUUGCUGAGGAAAAAUACAACAAGUCGGGACACUUAGAGAAGGUUAUAGAGUUGAUAGCUGGAGGUGCACAGAUGCCAGUAACCAAUGACAACAAGAUAUUCUACCUGAACAUGCUGGCACAGUACAGAUUGGCCAGUCAGGUGCGGCAAGAAGUGGAGUAUUUCCUUAAAGGCUUGAAUGAAUUGAUUCCAGAAAAUCUUCUCGCUAUAUUUGAUGAAAAUGAGUUGGAGCUGUUGAUGUGUGGGACUGGCAACAUCAGUGUACCUGAUUUCAAGACCCAUGCUGUCAUUGUUGGAGGGUCCUGGCACUUCCGAGAGAAGGUAAUGAAGUGGUUCUGGACAGUAGUGUCCAGUUUCACACAGGAAGAGCUUGCUCGGUUGUUACAGUUCACGACAGGUUCCUCCCAACUCCCUCCAGGAGGAUUUGUGGCAAUGUGCCCAUCUUUUCAGAUCAUAGCAGCGCCUACGCAGAAUACCUUGCCCACAGCUCAUACCUGCUUUAACCAGUUGUGCCUUCCUACUUAUGAUUCCUACGAAGAACUGCACAAAAUGCUGAAACUGGCUAUUAAUGAAGGCAGUGAAGGAUUUGGAAUGCUAUAAUCAUAAGGCUUUGGGACAUGACAAAGUGAACCUAUCCUCUCGAAUGCUGCGAAAAAUACAGGGUCCAGGGACUGCGAAGUUAAGAUUGACAUGGUUUGCCCAUUUGUCUACCACUUCCAAGACAGAAAUGGAUUGAGCAAUGAUAUUCCAAUCUAAUUGUUCAGUUGCUGAAAGAUGGUGAGAUGAUCAGCAUACUCCAGUCAACAUUUUCCAAACUCCACUGUAAUGCCAUCAUUACAUACAAACACUUCAUUCCAAAAUGAAGGGGAAUGUUUUUCAGGUUCCGUGAUCAGCAUCAGUCUUCUGCAUAUUUGUCUGAUUUACAAAUGACUCUAUCUGGGGAGAUUUGUUUUCAAGAUUUGAUUAUCUGAUUGGUUUGUCAGAAAGUAGAAAAAACUUUGAAUGUUUGCAAGCAGCCACUAAAGCUCCGUGUCAAUUUGUUCUUGGAGCACACAAUAUUCUUUGUCAAACAGCAUUUUGAGCACACACUGAAAAGGAGUUGGUACGUGGACUUGCAACUGCAAGCCAUUGAGAGUUUUUUUAUGAUUUUGCACUGACCUUGGUACAGGGCACUCAACUGUGAAAGAAACCAAAAGCAAUGCCAGGUUCUAAGACCUGCCUUCUAGAUUGUCCUAUUCAUUGAACUAUAACCUCUCUGCUGGCCUCCUCCUUGAUUAAUGACUGUCACAACACAUCUCAAACCUUCAAAUAAUUGCAUUUUUUUCCAUAAGCUGCAUCUUUUGCUGAACCACUGAGACGGGUGCCAGCCAAUCUCAGACUUUCAAAAAGGAGGCACUGUUUUCAGUUCAUAUUUCACUUCUACUUCCAGUUUGCCUGUUAGUAAAGUUGAAGUACAGAUGUUGGGAAUGUGAAGUAAGAACAGAAUACUGGAAAGAACUUAGCAUCUCCGGAGAGAGCAACAGAGUGAACAUUUCACGAUAAUGAACUUUCAUCAUAAUUCACAACUUUCGGGAUUAUAUUCCAUAAUUAAGAUAGUGAAGUAGACAAAGAAUGAGUUGAUCACCAAUGAGUGGGAUCGAAAUGUGGGAGCACGAAAGGUCUCCAGUAGUAAAUACAGUAUCAUAUAACAUUCACAGAAAAAUCUAAGAUCACUAGCAAUAGAAAAUAAGUACUUCUAAUUCUCAGUUACAUGUUAAAUACUUUCUGAAGAGGUUGUUAUUAGGAGCCUUGUCAUGAGGACCUCCUUCAAAGAAUUGAUUAUUUUACGUGGUUGAGAUUAAGCUGAUGCAUGUUCUGUCAGGUUGUGGUAUAUACAGAUGAUUCUAGUUGGAAGUUAGUAAUUACUUUGUGGGUUGUCUAAUGUGAGUAAAAUGCUGUUUUAAAGGCAGGUUUCACAGUGCAACUGGAAGCCAGCUGGACCGCAUGGAUCUUGCCUUUUUAUUACUACAGGGAUAUCACAAGCUGAAGUACAGAGGGUGGUGACUGUCUUUGUCUCUGGUUUUAGAUCUCAGCUAAGAUUAUGCUUGUCUUGUAAGUAGACUUCAAAUCAGGGUUUUUUUUCUUUGAUAUGGCCUGAUUUUAAUCACCCACUCAAAUACCAGUAAUAAGGAGAGAUGUAGUUCAUACGUACCAUGAAUCUUCCCAUGUCCAUUGUCUGUCAAAAAAAAACCAUCAUCUGCAUUCCUCCACACGCUCAUGGCAAACUUUCAAUCCAGAUAUUCUCAUACAGGUUGGGAGCAAAGAAGUUUGUGACUGUAAACAAUCAAAGCAUAUUUGUAGUUCACAGCAUUUAUUGUAACUUGACUUCUUAUUGCACACUUAGAAGUAGACUUAUGGCCUUCCUUCUUUUAUAUUUCUAUUAUAUUCCUCAAUCAUGUCACAGUAAUUAAAUGCAUUUGGUUUUUAGAGCUUUUGAGAAGCAUUCACUUGUUAUUUUGUUUUUGUUGGAAUUUGAUGUCUUCUA